AAACAAAAAAUAUUACGGCUCUUCAGCGCCAUCAGCGCUGAGCGGGUUGAGCGGGUAGCGUGCGCAAUUGUUUCGAGAUAAUCCGUUGUCGCACGUUCAAAAGAUUGAAAAUCGAGUUUAUCGUUCGAUGUAUUCGCGGUUAUUUCGUGCCUGCGGUCGCCGUAGUGUGAGCCAAGUUGUGAGUCUGCAAAAAGAGAAAGGAUUAAGUGGAAAGUGUUUGUUGCAGCUGCUACAAGAACAUCGUUGUCUUACUGCCGCUACAGUCAAGGUUUCGAAAAAGUUUUUUUACGCCGCUUCAUCCACAUCUCCGGCGACAUCGACAACGAACGUUGAAGAGGUUGUUAAGCAAAAGAUGCCCUCAGCAGAAAAAAAACCCUUUCGCCGUUUGCCAACCGACGUACGCCCGUACCACUAUGACAUUUCACUCACGCCGGAUCUCGCCAAAUUCACGUUUAAUGGGGAAGAACGAGUUCACAUCGACGUCAAAAAUUGUACACAUACGGUGGUCCUGAAUUCUCUGGAUAUUGACAUCAAGAGUGCAGAAUUUCAUGGCAAUGAUGGAAGCACAAUGGCUGCUGCCCAGAUCCACUUAUCUAACGCAGAUGAAACUGCAACGCUUGUCUUCCCCCAACAACUUCCUGUUGGCGAAAAAGUUGGCUUCAUAAGCUUUGUAUUUACCGGAGAAAUAAAUGAUAAAAUGAAAGGCUUUUAUCGCAGCAAAUAUACCGGUGCCUCAGGGGUCAAUGCGUAUAGCGCAAUUACAUUUCUCUGCCCAAUCUCAGCACGUAGAUUGUUUCUCUGCUGGGAUGAGCCGCACCUCAAGGCUACAUUUUCUAUUGAUCUUAAGAUCCUAGAUUCACAGAUUGGUCUCUCCAAUAUGCCUGUGAAAUCAGAGUCUAUGGAGGGUGAGUUUCGAGUUCUAAAGUUUGAGAAGACGCCCAUCAUGUCUACCUACCUUGUGGCAGUGGUGGUCGGAGAGUACGACUAUGUAGAGGGAAAAUCUAGCGACGGAGUUCUCGUGCGGGUUUACACGCCAAAAGGCAAGAAAGAGCAGGGAGAAUUCGCUUUGGAGGUAGCAACGAAAGUUUUGCCUUACUACAACACCUAUUUUGGUAUUGCCUAUCCACUGCCGAAAAUGGAUCUUAUAGCUAUUGCCGAUUUUUCUGCCGGUGCAAUGGAAAACUGGGGUCUUGUUACCUACAGGGAAACCUGUCUGCUGGUUGACCCGCAAAAUACUUCAGCUGUAAGAAAGCAAUGGAUAGCUUUAGUAGUUGGUCACGAAUUAGCCCACCAGUGGUUUGGUAAUCUCGUAACCAUGGAAUGGUGGACACACCUCUGGCUUAACGAGGGAUAUGCCUCAUUCGUUGAGUUUCUCUGCGUUGCUCAUAUUUUUCCGGAAUACGAUAUUUGGACACAAUUCGUCACAGACACCUACAUCAAAGCUCUAGAACUUGAUGGAUUGAAAAAUAGCCACCCGAUAGAGGUUCCUGUCGGACAUCCCUCGGAAAUUGAUGAAAUCUUCGACGAUAUUUCCUACAACAAAGGCGCCAGUGUAAUCAGGAUGCUGCAUAGCUACAUUGGCGACGAAGACUUUAGGAAGGGCAUGAGCUUAUACUUAAAAAGACAUUCAUAUUCAAAUGCCCUGACAGAAGAUCUUUGGGCAGCAUUAGAGGAAGCAAGUAGCAAGCCCGUGGGUGCGGUCAUGUCAACUUGGACAAAACAGCAGGGAUUCCCGGUUCUUAAGGUCGAUCAGCGACAGCAGGGAAACGAUCGAAUUUUGUCGCUUUCUCAGGAAAGAUUUUUGGCCGAUGGAUCCAAGGACGAAGAAAAAAGUCUGUGGAUGAUACCGGUGAGUGUCAGCACAUCCGCCGCUCCACACGAAGUAGCGGUCAGUACCAUGAUGGAUCAGGCAACGAAGGAAAUUGUUCUCAAAGAUGUGCCGCAGUCGGCUUGGGUCAAGAUAAAUCCUGGGACAAUCGGCUUUUACCGAACCCGGUACAGCACCGAGGCACUGUCUCUGCUGUUACCAGCGGUCAAAAACCGUUCCCUUCCACCUCUUGACAGGCUAGGACUCCUCGAUGAUCUGUUCGCCAUGGUCCAGGCAGGCCAUGCAUCAACGGUCGAGGUCCUGCGGCUGAUGCACGCUUUCCAGGCAGAGGAUAACUAUACCGUUUGGUCCAGUAUCGUGAAUAGCCUGGGCAAACUUGGCGUUUUGCUUUCCCAUGUCGACUACGAGGAUUCUUUCAAAGCCUUCGGACGAUCGCUGAUGAAAGAUAUCGGCAAUAAACUUGGAUGGGACCCAAAACCUAACGAAAGUCAUCUCGACACUCUUCUCAGGUCUUUGGUACUUGGUCGACUAGCAGCUCUCAAUGAUCAGGACACUAUUGAGCAGGCUAAAAAAUGUUUCGAGGCGCAUGUGACUGGGACGAAGGUUCUAUCCGCGGAUCUUAGAAGCCCAGUUUACAGGGCGGUUCUUUCGGCCGGCGGAGCUGAAACGUUUGCAACAAUGUUGAAGUUGUACAGGGAGGCGGAUCUGCAUGAGGAAAAAGACCGAAUAUCGCGAGCUUUGGGCGCGAUAAAGGACGAGGGAUUGUUGAAACGGGUCUUAGAGUUUGCUAUGAGCGAUGAAGUCAGGGCCCAGGAUACGGUAUUUGUAAUAAUGUCGGUCGCCAUGACCUACAAGGGACGAAUCCUCGCUUGGCAAUUUUUCAAGGACAAUUGGAAAGUCCUGAUGGACAGGUACGAGGGGGGUUUCUUGCUCUCAAGGCUCGUCAAGUUCACAACGGAAGAUUUUGCCACCGAAGAAAGCGCACUCGAAGUUGAACAAUUCUUUGCCGAUCAUCCAACUCCUGGGACGGAGAGAACCGUACAACAAAGUGUGGAAACUAUCAGACUGAACGCAGCGUGGCUUGCCAGAGACAGAGAGGCGAUAAAAUCGUACCUCCAAUCCCAUCCAUAAUUCUAAACGACAUGCAUUUAACCUAGUCACUCGUUUCUUAUACCUAUAUUUUUACCUACGCAACUUUUUCAAAGAUUCACAAGUUCUGAUGCAGGUAUUGAAGGUCAUUCCUUUACCGGCUGAACUUAAAUACCUGACUCGUACGAAGUCGGUAUCGUCUGAAAUUCCCUAAAUUACUUCGCAUGUAAUUUUCGAUCGUUACAGUUAUUUGUAAUCAUCCUGUAACGUGGAAAUCAAAUGAAAGGUGCCACACGUGCGAGGUGAGAGAGACAAUCGGAAUAAGCUCUUCGAAUCAGGUGAAAAAUAAUUUCAUCUUUAUAAAUAUGUUAAUGUAUACCGCAUCAAAUUUUUUCUAGGUUGUUGUUUAUUAUCGCCAUUAUUAAUCGUCGUCUACAUACAAAAUGUUAUUACGUUGGUGGUCAUCUCAUGGUAUCGUUACCUAAAAGGGGGAAAACUAGCUUUGAACUCCGAAUAAGGCAGCAGACCUGUGUAUAAAAUAAUGAUUAUAAUUGAUUUAAAUAUACUAAUUUUUUGAUUGACAGUAUAAA